AUGUCUUCCUCUCUGGCGCGCAGCUGGAUGCUCGCCACCUGUCUCGGGGCGAUGCUGGUGCACGCAUCUGGCGUGCUUGAGAUGGACCUCCUCUUCCCCCUCAACAAGACUUAUGCGCCCACCGACUGGUUCCCCGUGGUGUUUGCCUUCAAGCAUCCUAAGCUUGCGCCCCUGGUCGACCUAGACAUCUCCGUCACUCUCCGCAAUGCGGACAACAUGAGCGACGUCGUUCACUGGCCAGCCGACAUGACCGAUAUCGACUGGACCAACAAGACCAGCGAUGACCCGUACUUCUUCUACACCUACUUCUCUGAAUUCCGCACCCCUGGCCGCUGGCGGGUCGCCUGGAACGUCUACUGGAAGAGCUGCAAUGAAUUUGCCCUCUUUAACAUCAGCAUGCUCCCGCGCGCGGAGAUGAUCACGAACUCCACCGGCUGGUCGACCUGGUUCACGAUCGGGGACGGAGUCCCCGCGGGCGAGGAGUGGUCCAAUGGUGGUAUGUGUGCGGUGGUGGAUCCCUCGCCUACGCCCUCGCCCUCGCCCGAUCCCUGUCGGAUCGAUAUCAGCGAGAAAGUGGUCGAGAGCAUGGAGGCCUCGUGGCAGGCCCCGUUGUGCGGGAGCUCGAGUCCACCCGACGACUGCCCUGCGAAGGAGAAUGCAGCACAGGGACUGGCGGUUGUUGGAUUGUCUUGUUUCCUGGCGGCGUUGGGGGGCUUGGGCUUUCUUCUUGCGCCGUUCUGA